UACAGUUCUUCCCUCACAUUUUUCACAAAUUUGUGGACAGCCGUGGAUGUGUACAGUUGCGGAAGUAAGAAUGGGCCCCCCCAGCCACCCCCCUUCAAUUCGCCCAAAUACACUUCAGCCCGCAGUCGCCGGUCAGCUGCGAAUGAUUUUUGGCGUGACUGGAGUGUUCUUGUUGCAUAAAAACUCGUGAAAUGUCAGACAGCUCUGAGGACAGCCUCGAGGAUGGGCCCUGGGUGUUGUACAAAAAUCGUGACGAGUGGAAGGACGUUGUGCCAGUGCCACAAGAUGAUGGACCCCACCCAAUUGUUGCCAUCGCGUACUCGGAGAAAUUCAAAGAUACUUAUGACUACUUCCGGGCAAUUUUAAAAUCCGGAGAAAAAUCAGAACGAGCUCUCGCCCUCACCACCGACUGCAUCUGGCUUAAUCCAGCUAAUUACACAGUCUGGCAGUAUCGUCGUGACAUUCUGAAGGCUCUUGGAAAGGAUUUGAGGGAGGAAUUGAAAUACAUUGACUCUGUGAUUGACUCGAACCAGAAGAACUACCAGGUCUGGCAUCACCGGAGGGCCAUUGUCGAGUGGCUGCAGGAUCCCAGUCAAGAGUUGGAGUUCACUGCUCGGAUUCUGGAGAAAGACGCCAAGAAUUAUCACACCUGGCAGCACAGACAGUGGGUGCUAACUGCUUUUCGGCUCUUCGAUAAAGAACUAGAAUACGUGGAAGGAUUAUUAAAAGAAGAUGUGAGAAAUAACUCAGCCUGGAAUCAAAGAUACUUCGUUCUGAAUCAUACAACCAAUUUUGAACCAGAAGUUGUAGACAGAGAAGUGGAUUUCACGUUGGAGACAAUUGAUAUUGUCAAGGGAAAUGAGAGUGCGUGGAACUAUCUCAGAGGGGUAUUAAUACACGACGAAAAAGGAGGACUUGCCUACAACGAAAAAGUCCUGAAAAAAUGUCAAGAAUGGUACAACAACGGCUGUCGUGUCAAUCAUCUCUUAGCAUGCAUCAUCGAUAUUUGUCAGGAGAGAUACAAGAACGAGCCCACAGAAUCCCUAUUCCAUAUAAACAAUGCCCUCACGCUCUGCAAAGAAUUAUCCGAGAAACACGAUAGAAUACGCAGGCGGUAUUGGGACUAUGUGACCCAGCAAUUGUCUGAAAAACUUAAAACCGCUUGUUGAAUCGUUAAAUGAACAUCCCCUUGUCCAUGUGUUCCAAAAAAAUAUAUUGAAUAAACUGAAAAGGAAUUUUUUAAAUGUACAAAACCACUUGCAACGGAA